UUGCCUGUAUUACAAGUAAAAGACUCUUCUUUUAAUGAAGAGGUUAUACGAUCUAAUUGUCCUGUACUUGUAGAUUUUUGGGCUUCAUGGUGUGGUCCGUGUCGCAUGAUUGCACCUGUUGUCUUUGAAAUAGCAAAUGAGUAUGGAGACAAAAUAAAAGUAGUAGAGAUAAAUACAGAUGAAAAUCCUAGUGCAGCUACAGAAUAUGGAAUUAGAAGUAUUCCUACAUUAAUGGUUUUUGUAGAAGGUAAAAAAGUAGAAACAGUAAUAGGUGCUGUACCUAAAACAACUCUUGCUAGUACGUUAAAAAAAUAUAUAUAA